AUGUCAGAAAAUCUUAACUGCCUUGCAACUGCGACAAGUCAACAACCUAAGCCACUUAUUUUAGUUUGGGCUGAUCUUAGUGCUAUUGUGACUCGUUUUUAUGCUCAAAUGUAUGAAUUGUAUAAUAAAAUAAUACUUCACUUACAUGCUGUAAAAAUCUCAGCAGCUGUUGAAACAUUUGAUAAUUCAAAAGAUGAUAAUAUUAAUAUUAAUCAUCAACAAGCGAUUGAAUUUGAUUGA